UAGGAGAGACCCUUCCGCUUCUUGUUGCCGAUCAGAGCAAGGUUGGGCGACGAACGACAACAACCAAGAAUCAGAUCGCUUCUUGCUCCCCUUUCGUGCCGCGUGUAGAGGCUCUCUGACCUCACGCUCUAGCCAUGGCGCGGCUAGAAGUCCUUGUGGCCCUCGGACUAACGUUGCUGGCAGUAGCGGCCGUGGUACACAGCCAGUCCACCACUACAACAAGAACGAUGUUCGGCUAUAGCUGUGUUGACUACAAGACCAGGUACAAGCAGACCAAGGAUGGAAACUAUAUGAUCUUCAUCCAGGACGACGUUGCCUUUCAGGCUUACUGCCAGGGCAUGAGCACAGGGACGCCGACCAUGUUCCUGACGCUGACCCAAGGCUCAGGAACCAAUAGGGCCAUCUACUACCAGAGAGUCGGUCGCAAGACCACCUGUGCGCCUGUUGUGCCCGCCAAGAACUGGGCUCAGUACGGCACAACGCUGUACACGAAGAUUCCAGUCGUUGCGUACAACAAGAUCGUCAAAAUUGGUGGCCUGAAUGUCAAUGCCACUGUGAUGGACUACAGCGCGAAGUCUACCUCCGCAUUCACUACAUCCAAGGGCAAGUUCAUCAAGUAUGGAACAGCGGGCGACAUGUACCUGGCCACCUACUCGACCACCUGCCAACAGGGAUCGUUCUCCAUCGAUCUGCGUGGAACACCGUUCGCCGUGGACACCGUCACCUCGUGGAAGUGGAGUGGGAAAAUGCUCUCCUCCGCCGAGACCCUCAACACUCCGGUUCUAACCAACGCCCCGACAGCAACUGCUGGUCCGCAGCAGUUGGUGACGGGCAAGUGCGGUGGCUUCCCCGGAACGUGCAUGCCCGUCGUCAACAACGGAAACACGUAUGCCAUGCGCUUCCGCAUGGUGUCGCCGUGCCAGCCCACCGACGGCAGCCUCCACCCUUGCUACAACGGCGGAACUUGCAUUGCGGUCACCAAGACUUCGUACAAAUGUGAAUGUCCCAUCGGAUGGGAGGGUUCCACUUGUUCACAGCCUCAGAGUGAUUUGACUGCGCGUGGCACUGCAACGCCAGCACGCGACGAUGCCACGUCUAAUGUACGCUGCCCAACUGGCAGUAUUCUCAAGCAGUGUGCGUGCGACAUAUCGCAGUGCGACGGUGCAUUUCCCAACACAGCGAAUUCAAUCUGCUAUGCUAGAGCCAGCUACGUCAAAAUUAAGACGUCGGCCGUCGCCACCUGCACUCGCUGGAGUCCGUCCUACGUUGACAUCAAAAUCCAAAGAAGUCCGGGAAGUGGCUAUUCUAAAACCCCGAAAUCUUGGUGCACGCCUGGCCACUCGGUGGUCGGCUGCACCGUCUAUUCACCGUGGUAUGUCAGAAAUACGUUUGGCAGGGGCGUCAUCUCCAAAACCAACAACAGACUUUGCUCCUUCAGCUGUACUUAUCUCGGCAAAGGUUGCACCACAUCGGGAACAUGCAUGGUGCCGACGUGCACCUGCCAGAAUGGCGGAACCUGCAAUCUGUUCACCGGAGGAUGUGCUUGCCCGGUCGGCUACGUAGGAGAGCGGUGUGAAUCGUUUGACUACUGCCAGUACGAGUUGGAACGCACCCGCAAGGCUCCUUGCCUGUACGGCGGAAAGUGCUCAGCCAAGCCGAACACUGUCAUUGCCACAACUGGUGGAGACGGAACGGGCAGAGACUGUGUUUUCCCAUUCAACUGGAAGGGAAAGCAGUACUCAAACUGCAUUAACGACAACACUGCCGGACCACCAUUUGCUUGCGGCGUCCACACCAAUGGUCACAAUGACUACGUUGACAUGGGAGCGUUCCAUCCCGGCUUUGUUUCUAGCUACGAAGUCUGGGUCAAGGCCGAUUUCGUACAGAAUUACAGAGAGACAAUCAUUGGCAACAUGGACUCGUGCAGAGAUUCUGCUAUUAUCAUCAGCAAUGGAAAUUUCGGAAUGGCCUACAAACCGACCAAUGGAGGAUGCACUACGCAGACGCGCUCGAAUAAGCAGGCCACCGUAGGGCAAUGGCACCAUCUGGUCUUGACCAUGGAUGGCUCGUAUGCACGCCUUUAUGUCAAUGGCAGCAAGAUCCUGGAACAACGCUCAUUGGUUAAGUACCAGCCAUCCGCUAGAGCCAUGUACAUCGGAGGUGAGGUGUGGUGCUGGCCGAAGUGCAAUGCUUUCGAAGGAACUGUCAAGAACGCUCGCGUCUAUCAAGGCGUUCUUUCCUCCACUGCCAUUGCAGCAGGUGCUGCCAAUAGGCCAUUCAAUGUUGACGAUGCCGUGCAAAAGGAGAAUAUGGUUGGAUACUGGGAGUUUGGAAACGAUGCCCCUUUGAAUCUUCCUGGAGGCUGCCAGGGACAAGAUCACAAAGGUCAAGACUGGAUCAUCACCAAGGACAAAACAGUAGUCACAGGAGUUCAUUGCAAUGUCCGCGACUUCAUCGUCAAGUCUGGUGUGACUGCUAUUGUCAGAUGGUGGGCGCCUUUCUCAAACAACACAGCCUCAAGUAAUACUGGUGGCUCAUAUGGUAGCCUUGAAGUGUACGCUAAGAAUAUCUACAUUGAUGGAAGUGUUAGUGCGUGGGGUGCUGGUAUGACUGGUGGUCCAUCUCCAACCAAGGUCCGUCAAUCCGGAUACCAAGGAUUCUCAACUAAAGGAAUCGGAGGAACCUCUGCUAAUGCCAAGGCAGGUGGAGGUGGUGCUGGGCCAGGAGACCCCUCUUCUAGGUCGUUUGGCAAGAGUGGUGCCGGAGGUGGAUACGGAACGAAAGGAGCCGAUGGUGUCCUCAAACGAGGUGGUGGAACUGCUGGCCGGGGUGGCAACGUAUACGGCACCAAGGAGUUGACUACUCUGCUCCUAGGCAGCGGUGGAGGCAGCGGAGGCAAUGACAAUGCGCUCAACGACAACCCAAGGGGAGGCUAUGGUGGCCGCGGCGGCGGAGCCAUUCGUCUGGACGCCCGCGAGCGACUGGUCAUCAAGGGCAACGUGAAUGCACAAGGUCAACCAGGCCAGGGUGACAGCCAAUCCAGGUGCAACACCUGUCCGUCAAGGGGUGGUGGAGCUACACAGUGUACGUGGGGAUGCAGCGGCAGACAGACCAAAGCCUGCUGGGACUGGUCGGGCCCUGGAGGCGGCGGCAGCGGUGGCAGCAUCUACCUGCGCGGCGAGACUGUGCACGUUGGCGACUGGAAGGUGAACGCCAAGGGAGGCCGCGGUGGGUAUGGCGCCCGGCAGUGCGGCGGCGACGGUGGCGACGGACGUAUCCGCAUUGACUACGCCUAUCUGCAAGGAAUGACCUCACCGACGCCAUACGUAUACAAGCAUGUUGAGCAGUUCAAGAACCUGGCUCUCAGCGCUAUCGGAACGUCUGGAAAGCAGGUGUUUGUCUACCGUGGAUGCUACGAAGAUUCUUCCACUCGUCUUCUGCCAUACGCAGCCAACAAAGGUGGAAGCAGUGCUGCUGGGCGUACCAUGACACCAGCCCUCUGCAUCAACUUGUGCAAGGCUCAGGGAUACAAGUUCGCCGGCAUCCAGAAUCACUAUGAGUGCUUCUGUGGCAACAACGUCGAUGCCUUCCCAAGAAAAGCCGACGGCGACUGCAACCGCAAGUGCAACGGCGAUGCCGACCAGAUCUGCGGAGGAGGCUGGAGAAUGUCCGUGUACGGACCAGUGCCCGACAGCACCGCUCACGUUGCCUGGAACGCCAGCCAGCAGUGCACGCCAUGGUGCCGUGUGGGCUGGCUGGCCAAGACUAGCUCAGCGGCUGGUCGUCCGCUUUAUGGCUACUGCAGUGGGCUCAAGUCGAUUGUUUCCUUCAACAUCCAAUGCGACUGCCCGGCUGGAAAGAUUGGUCCCAAGUGCGAGAACGAUUGUCCGCCGAACAAAUACGGAAAGAACUGCGCUUCAACUUGCAAGUGCAAGAACAAGGCCACCUGCGACAUUGCCACUGGAAAAUGCGCCUGCGCUCCCGGCUGGAGAGGCACUACGUGCGGCACGCCAUGUGCUUCGGGCAGUUUCGGUCCCAGCUGCGCCAACAAGUGCAACUGCAACCUGCUGUGCACGCCUACAUCAUCUUGUGACGCUAACCACUCCACCACCUUCGAGGCCGAGUCUGGUAUCCUUGGACACUUCAAGCCGGCCCUGCUCACAACCGACUCGAGAGCUAGCGGCGGCAAAUAUCUUUUGGUCACUUCAAGCAACCAGUGGACUGCAUCCAAGGCCCUCACCAUUGCUAACUACACAUUCUCGGUCACCGUGGCUCAGCAGUAUCGCCUGUGGCUGCGAGUGCUGUCACCGGCCACUAACACUGAUUCCGUCUGGUACUCGAUCAACGGAGGCACCCGCCGUGCAUGCUGGGUGGGCCAGAACAGCGGCUUUGUCUGGCGCAGAUGCAACACGUUCUUCAACCUGAAGGUCGGCUCGCACAAGCUCAGCCUGUUCAAUCGCGAGAAGGGCCUUGGCGUUGACAAGGCCUUCAUUGGUACUGACCAUCCUGCUGCAACCUGUAACUCCAUCAGUGGAAAGUGCACAUGCAACCCCGGUUACCUCGGACCGACCUGUAGCAACGUGUGCGGAAAGGGCAAGUUUGGAGUUGGCUGCACGCACACGUGCGCCUGCAAGAACGACGGCAUCUGCUCGCCGCUGGAUGGACACUGCACAUGCCUGGCUGGCUGGGCUGGAGCAAUCUGCGACCAGAAGUGCGGUACCGGGCUUCUGGCGAACCGCUUUGGCGAGAACUGUAACCAGCUAUGCCAGUGCCAGAAUGGCGGUACAUGCGACCAUGCUACGGGUGCAUGCACUUGCCCAGCCGGCUACAAGGGAAUCAACUGUGAACUCACCUGCUCGGCUGGCACGUACGGCCCGCAAUGCACGAUGACCUGCUCCUGCAAGAACGGCGGCCUGUGCGACACCAGGACCGGCGUGUGCCAGUGCCCGGCCGGGUACGGAGGCAGCGACUGCGGCACCCAGUGCACGGCUUUCCAGUACGGCGUCAACUGUGCACAGACGUGCAGCAAUUGUCCACACGGCACGACCAGCGGUUGUGAUCACAAGACCGGUGCUUGCCAGUGCAACCCAGGAGUGACAGGUCUCUACUGCAACAUCACGUGCCCCACCAACACGUACGGUCAGGGAUGCAGCAAGCGCUGCUGCUGCAGCAACGCCCGCGCCGCCUGCAACGCCGUUGAUGGAAAAUGUGCAUGCCGCAAUGGUUGGCAAGGUCUGUGCUGCAACACUGCUUGCACAUCUAACACGUACGGUCCGAAUUGCGUCAACAAAUGUAACUGCAAGAACCAGGGUACCUGCAAUCGAUUUAAUGGAAGAUGUACCUGCAAGGCUGGAUGGACUGGUUCUGACUGCGGUACGGCCUGCAACACCACAACCCCGUACGGCAAGUACGGCAUAGGCUGCCGCAGCACUAUCAAGUGUACCAUCGCCAACACGGCAUCGUACAAUUCGGCCACCGGUGCAUGUACUUGCAACUCCGGAUUCGGUGGCCUCCUCUGCGCAACUGCCUGCCCAGCAGGAUCGCAUGGCGCGGGUUGUCUCGGCAUGUGCGGCUGCAAGAACGGAGGCUCUUGCCACUCUGUGAAUGGUAACUGCGACUGCCUGCCAGGAUUCCAUGGUCCGACGUGCGAUGCAGCUUGCGGAGCCGGAACGUAUGGCUACAACUGUGCGCUGACCUGCGGCUGUCAAAAUGGAGCAACUUGCGACGCGAAAACCGGAGCAUGCACGUGCCUAGCCGGAUACCAAGGCACCAGCUGCGACACGCACUGCACCGCGGGCACUUGGGGACCGAGCUGCGCCAACCAGUGCGGCACCUGUAUCUUCGGCAACUGCAACGCGAUCAGCGGUGCCUGCGAAUGUACUCCGGGCUAUACCGGUGUCAACUGCACCAACCCAUGUACCGUCGGCUUCUGGGGCAAGGCUUGCAGCCAGUUCUGUAACUGCCCCACCGGCGCCUCCUGCAACAUCACCAACGGUGCGUGCACGUGCACGACUCCUGGCAAGACUGGUGCGAGGUGUGACCAGAACUGCCCUGGUGGCAAGUACGGCCUCGGCUGCAGCAGCCACUGCCCGGCCUGCGCGGUCAACACCAGCAACAGCUGCGACCCGGCCACCGGCCAGUGUGUGUGCAAUGACGGCUACACGGGACCGCUCUGCCAGCAGUCCUGCCCCGCCGGCAUGUGGGGACCGGGAUGCACCAAGACCUGCCUCUGUACCAACGGUGUGUGCCAUCCCGAUCUUGGAUACUGCGUCUGUGCCUCUGGAUACAUGGGAGCCACCUGUCAGACUGCCUGCCCGACUGGAAAGUACGGUCAGAAUUGCCUACACGACUGCCUGUGCUCGUCGCCACGUGGUACCUGCAGCAGCAUUGACGGAUCUUGCACUUGCAUGGCUGGAUACAUUGGAGUCCACUGUGAGAACACAUGCCCGGCCAACCACUGGGGCAAGGGCUGCGCCAACACCUGCAUUGGCUGCGACGCUCGCUACGGCACUUGCGACCAUGUGACCGGCGUGUGCCACUGCCUGCCUGGCAAGACGGGUGUAGGCUGUACUGACACUUGCAAGAACGGCACAUGGGGAGUGAACUGCAACGAGACAUGCCAAUGCGUGCACGGAAGUUGCGACCCGACCCUCGGAACCUGCACCUGCUAUGAUGGCUACAUGGGCCCGACCUGCCGCGAUGACUGCCCGACUAACUUCUUCGGCAAGGGAUGCCUGCAGGCCUGCGACUGCAAGAACAAUGCCACUUGCAACCACUUGGACGGAUCCUGCGACUGCACGCCCGGCUACCUGGGAUCUGACUGCAGUGCCCAGUGCGGACCCAACAACUUUGGCCACAACUGCUAUCAGACUUGCUCGUGCAAGAACGGCGCCACCUGCGACACUGUGACUGGAUUCUGUAACUGUCCACCGGGAUGGCAGGGUCUGACUUGUGAAACACCUUGCUCUGCCGGCUCCUGGGGACCUCACUGCACCAAUGCCUGCCCGUAUUGCGAGCACCAGUCGGCUGGCACGUGCAACGUAACUAGUGGCCUGUGCCAGUGCGACCCAGGAUACCAGCAACCCUUUUGCAAUGAGACCUGCCCGGCCAACACGUACGGCGCCGGCUGCCUCGGCGUGUGCGCGUGCAGCGGCCCAGCCUCCGUCUGCAUCCCGCAGAACGGCUCGUGCCUGUGCGGCGGCGGCCAUCUGUUCUGCAAGUUUGGCAGAUGCGACGACCAGGGACACUGCAAGUGUGAUCCAGGAUAUACUGGCGCUAACUGCACCAAGGCCUGCGCACCAGGCGUUUACGGCCAGGGAUGCCUGCAGAAGUGUGCCUGCGACUCGGCUGCGACCUGCAGCAACCGUGAUGGCACCUGCUUCUGCCCUGGCAAUGUUGUCAUUGCUGGAAUAGAGAAGAACUGCUCCGGGCAGGGAACGUGCAAGAGUCUCGGACAAUGUACUUGCAACGCCGGCUUCACUGGUGCCGACUGCAGCUCGUCGUGUCCACACGGCAAGUUCGGAUUUGGCUGCACGCAGCCCUGCCCCGUCUGCAAGGUCAACGAGGUGUGCAGCCCGUACGAUGGCUCCUGCGUCCUCCACUGCAGCUCCCAGUCUGGAGACCUUUGCCAGCACGGUGGCAUCUGUCUGGCCAGCGGUGGCUGCAACUGCACAGACACUGGUUAUGGUGGUGCUCACUGCGAUGUUGGCGUGCUUGAUCUCAGCAUCAUGUCACUCCAAAUCUACAAGCAGUACAACGGCGGCUACGUUGAGGCUACCUGGGUCCUGCCACCCACUCUCGCAAGCUUCUCUGUCUACGAACCAUUGCUGUUCAUCGUGCUGACGGACAUCACGGCCAACUCGAUGAAGAGCUUCACUGAGAAGUCAAGUCUGACCAGCUACAACCUGAUCACGAUCCCGAACCACUACUACAAGCUUUCCAUCUCCAUCAAGACCGGCGCUGGUGGCGGUGUACCGGUCGAGGGCAAAUUCACAGCCAACUCAUUGUGUCUGCCUGGAGACGUCAGCGUAGACUGUCGCUUCGCCAACUGCGGCAGCAAGUGCACGUCGCAGCAGUUCUGCGACUCUCUGACCAGCGAGUGCCUGAACAAGUGCUACAUUCAGAACAACUGCGUGCAGGGCACGUGUGAUGAGACCACCGGCCAAUGUUCAUGCAAUGCUGGUUACGGUGGAGUGCAUUGUGACACAGAGAAUCCAAACUCUGCAAACACCGGAGCAAACACCGGAGCAAACACCGGUACCGGCAGCAGUGGCAUCAGCACUGGUGCCGUCAUUGGCAUCGUUCUAGGUGCUCUGGCCCUGGUGGCUCUCAUCGCCGUCCUGAUUGGAGUCAUGUACCUGCGACGGGAUACCCAGAAACAGCCCACAGCAGGCGGCACCAUCGAUGUCAGCGCUGGACAAGUGCAGUACGAUGCCAGUGGCGACUCGGUUGGAUUCAGCAACCCAGUGUACUCGGCACCAGCCCAGGCACCUGUCAAGGACAAUCCCCUGUACGAAUCACAGGAGGUGCUGGAUAAGUGAGCAGUCAGCCAGUGUAGACCAACUGCAAUACAAUUCUAACAUCAUUGGCAGCCUGGCGCUGCCUCUCUUAAAUAUUUUCGUCUCCUUGUUUCAAGUCUCACCAUUGAUCGUUGCGGCAACCACCCUCCAAACAAAUGAUCUCUUUUGCUACGUGUGUUGCGUAAGCUCUUAGUGUUUUGCCUUUCAUCUCACUGAUGUACACUGAUGCACACUGAUGCACAUGCACACUGCCCAAUGCAGAAACACAUUAGAUUCUUGAACUGUACUGCCUCCUUAUUGCAAGCUUUUUGGCUCGUGUCCGUUUCGGCGCGCCAUCAUUCACUUUAGCUGCGAGCUAUUACUUUUGAUCCGACGUGCUUGGUUUUGACGUGUGAACGUGCUACCAUUGUCCCCACAGCGCACCAACAUAUUGUCUUUCCUUUUGAAUUUAUACUUCACACUUGCCUCCAAUGUGUAUUUUUAUGUUUAGCACAGGGUUUGAAAAUUGAAAAUACGAGUACCUGUAAAAACAAGUGAAGUCACCGCAGUGACUCGAAACAA